AUGGCGUCUUCAAACCGAUGCCUGGACGAAGUGCUGGGCCUGACCGUCAACUCCUCGCCUGAGGAAAUUCGCUCCGCUUACAAGAAACUAGCUCUCCAAUGCCAUCCAGACAAACUCCUCCGAUCCGGCUUAACUCACCACCAAGCCACCGCUCAGUUCCACGAGCCCAACUUUGAUUAUAGUGUGCUCUCCGACCCCCAAACAACGCGCCUGUCUGAUUUCUUCUACAAGAUUCAUAAUAACGAAAUCAAUUUCGUCAAGAAAGUAGGGCUAGGAUUGGAAACGGUGCGGGAUGCGCCAAGAAUGGGGAAUUUACAGAGUCCGGUGAAAGCAGUGGGGGAGUUUUAUAAUUACUGGCGCGGGUUCAGUACGGUGAUGGGCUUCCGGUGGGUGAAGGGCAAGAUGGCGUUGGAAAGGGAGGAAUUGAAAGGAGAGUAUAAUGAGAGGGUAAGAAAAAUGGCAGAGUUCGUCAGAAAGAGAGACAAGAGAGUGCUUGAUUUACUUGGAAUGGUAAAUGAGCACAGGAAAAAGAUUGAGCGAGAAAGAAAACAACUGGAAGAAUUAGAGAUGGAGAAGAAGAGGAAAGAAUAUGUCUGUGAGGUAUGCGGAGAGAAGUUUCAGAGAGAGAAGCAUGAGCAAUGGAGAAAGCGCGUGCAGGAUUUGGCCAAAUUUGGGGAGAGUUUCGUGCAGGAAGAGGAGGUGAGGGAGAUUUACAAGAGUGAAGUGGAUUUCGUAAAGAAAUUAGGGUUGGGAUUGGACACGGUGCAGGAGGUGCCAAGAAUGGGGAAUUUACAGAGUCUGGUUAAGGAAGUGAGGGUCAGUACGGUGGUGGACUUCUGGUGGGUGGAGGGAAAAACGGCGUCGGAGACGGAGGAAUUGAAAGAAGAGUAUAAUGACAGGGUGAAAAAAAUAGCGGAGUUUGUGAGAAAGAGAGAUAAUAGAGUGAUUGAUUUAUUGAGAAAGGUAAAGAUUGAGCAAGAAAGAAGAAAGCUAGAGGAAUUGGAGAUGGAGAUGGAGAUGAAGAAGAGAGAUUAUCGUUGUGAGUUGUGCGGAGAAAAAUUUCAGAGGGAGAAGCGUGAGCAAUGGAGGAAGCGCAUGCAGGAUGUGGUUGAAUUUUGGCAGAGUUUCGUCGAGGAAGAGGGGUAG